UAGUUACACCGAGCUCGACAUACUUGGGACUCAACGAUUCAAAAAGAGCCGCAACCUGACUUUCAGACGCAAUGCAUAUGUUCUCGGUGUUGCUCGCCCUCGCUGGCCUGGCGACGGUGCAGUGUGCAUCAUCUGGGCGCACCGCGGACCAACAGGUCAAUUCAAAAAGAACGAUUUCUCUCGGCAUAGUUGUAUUUCCAGGCUUCGAGCCUCUCGACGUGUUUGGCCCCUUGGAGAUGUUCUUUGGCAUCUCCCGGUCUUAUAAAAUGUCACUCUCCGUCAUCGCCGAGAAGCCCGGUCCCGUGAGCGCCGGCAGUCCUCCCAUCAAGGUUGGCAACGGGACGGAGCCUCAGGACUUUGGAUACAUGCUCCAACCAACCAUUCACGCGACGCACUCCUUUGCCAACGCCCCCGCUCUCGACAUCGUGCUCGUUCCUGGCGGCAAAGGGAACGUCGCGCUCGAGCAGAACAACAACACUUCGGUCGAGGACUUCAUCCGGCGCCGCGCCAACCAGGUCGACUACCUGUUGAGCGUGUGCACCGGCGCCGUAAGCCUGGCCAAGGCUGGCGUCUUGGAGGGCCGUAGGGCGACAACAAAUAAAGGUGCCUGGGCUUGGGUUACGAGCCACGGCAAGAACAUUACGUGGGUGCCGGUCGCCCGAUGGGUUGAGGACGGCAAGGUCUGGACCAGCUCUGGAGUGGCUGCAGGUGAGCAUGAGGCCCAGAAUCCGAGAAUGACUACUCAGAGAUGCAAUUCUGAUGCGAUCAAAGGAAUGGACAUGGCGUAUGCGUUCCUGUCGCACUUGUACGGCAAAAAUGAUAAGCAUGUCGAUGGCUGGAUGAACGCGGUCGAGUACGCCCCGCACGUCAACGCCCACUGGGACCCGUACGCCGUCGUCCAUAAGGUAACUGCGUCUAUAAGUCUUUGAACAUGCGCCGCUGCUAACCAUUUCUCUUAGGUCCCUGGGUCGGACCCAAAAGCCGAUCUGUCGGACUGCACGAAGCCAGCUGGAUACUGAAGUAACAUACAGGUGGUGCGCGCGAGAACCUGUUGUCGCGGUUCGCCAAGUUUUCCGCAUGCAUGUGCAUACCUGGUCAUUCUUUAUCAUAAGUCAUACUAUAAUUCUAUAAUUUACUUCGCGUCUAGUCGUCUGCGGCAGGGGCAACGGAUCGGAGAGUUUCCUUGUCCGAGCAUGAAGCAUGCCUCGAGGUCCAUCGUUCAAGCUGCUGCGGCACGCCGUGCCUCCUCGCCAGAAACGCCAGGAUGCGGUCAUCGCGCGACUGGCCGUCUAAUAUGCUGGCCCAGGCCUGAAGCUCCUCCAUUAUGGCAUCUUGAAGCACGAUUUGCAACAUUCUCUGCCUCUCCCCAUUGGAUCGAAGGCGCUUGACUUGCAACACGGCGCCCAACAUGGCCAACGCCAACAGGACCAUGGCAAAGGUGGCAUUAGAGGUAUGAAUUGGCUUUUGACGCAUAGCGCUCGGCGGCUCGGUAUUGUUAUUCGUCGUCGUACUUGCCUCCCGAUCCCAUGAACCUGCACGCUGCGAUGCUGCUGGCCGGUGGCCUGAGCCCCAUCCCUCGUUGCAAGUCUCAUAAAGCCGCCGCUUCUGUGGGUCGCUCAGGAUGUUGUGCGCUGCAAUGACAAGACGAUACCGCUCCAGGCCGACGGCGCGGGGAAUGGCCCGCUCUACCGACGCAUCGUACAUGUCCGGGUGGUAGAGUUUGACCAGGCGAUGGAAAUUCUCCUUCGAGUAGGCCUGCCCAGGCUUGACCCCGAGGAUCUCGUGGGGCGACGGAGUAGCAGUGCACGGCCAAGAUGCCAGUUCGCUCUGGCGUGACGUGGAGAAUGAGUGUCUUCUCCCAGACUCGUACCGGCGGUGUCCAUGGAGCACAGGACAUGCUCGCGAGACGAAUCGUGCCGGGACAGGCAUGAUGAUGUGAACGCGCUGAACGUGGUGGAACAGAGGUUGAUGCCGCUGUAGUCGUUUGCCUGCGAUCAGACAUGAACGUAGUCGACAUAGCAAGGGACGCGUGUGCGACCGAGGGCUUUAAUCAUCUACGAUGCGAGGCACCUUGUCACGACAUGAAGUCACCGAGUCUCAAACACUGUCGGUCGCGUUGCAAUAGUCAAGGGUCAGAUACCAAAUGGCGCAUUCAUGCUCGUGAUCCGAGCGCCAUGCAGUACAUGUCUCCAUGACGUUACAAGGAGCACUCGAAGUGGCAUAUGGCGUAGCAGAACGCAGCCGCACAGCGCCUGUCUAAAACUCAGCUACGACUGCAUCAAUGUCGAUACGGAGACCCCCUACGGUUUGCUUCAAGAAAAAGAGAGUUUCGGUGACCAGCCGCAGCGGAAUGGCAGCAUUGCAUGAGCCAUCAGGGUGGACUGGCAGCAAGCGCCGCUUCGUGCCGCCUCUCCAGUCCCAUGAGAUCUGGCAAGCUAGUACAUCAUGGAACUGAUUAUUUGCUUGAUGUAUACGGUGAGCGUUUGAGGGUCGUGGUAGACACGACAUGGCCAAACGAGCUAAUAUUGAAGCUGAGGUGGCAUCGGUGUGCAUGCCGGCAACUGCUAGUACGGCCCUGAGCAUGUUAUAAUUGGGCGACUUGUAAAACACUCUCGAUGUCGCUCGCUGCAGUCGGGCUCCGCUGCGCAGAUUGUCCGCAGCACCAUUCAUCUGUUUCUGCAUCGUUCCCACGCGCUCUCAAUGCCGCACUGAAAUAGAUGGCCUCCCCGAAGCCCGGGUCAACUAUCGUCUCGUCGAGUAUCUUCGGCUCUGGUGCUCACCUUAAAACACCUACGCAAGCUUGUGCGGCGCUGGACUCCACAGCCGCCCAUCUCGAGCAAGAGACCCCCCUGAGGACGCUACAACACGAAAGAUCGAUAGCACGGGCGCUUAAUACUUCAACGGUAUUUAGCUGCAUUUAAUUUGCCAUUUGAUCAAAGUCCCUACAACUAGAUCACUCACGACACUGAUAUACAAUGCCGCAUCCUUCAGGAUUUGCUCGUACCCAGCAACUUGGCCAGCUCCUCGGCAAUUGCGAUGGUCUUCUCCUCUGUCAACCUCCGCCCGAUAAUCUGGACUGCGACAGGCGCGCCGUCGUACGCCUCCGCAUCAUCUAUUCCAGUCAGCCUCACAUGUCAUGCAUCCAGUAAAACGAACGGGUGAAAACUCACACUCUGCUUGGACGAUCCUGUCCAUCUCCGUAAGCGGUUCAAACGAGGCAUUCUUUAGGUCCACAUUCUUGUCGGCAAAGGUGACAGGCACCACGACGCUCGUAAAGUCGAGCACGUUGAUGGCGGUGGCAUAGCCGUAGUAUUUGAAGCGGUUGUGGCGGACAGCGGCAGUGGGCGUGAUGGGCGCGAUAAUGGCAUCAACCUCGCGGCCAAGCUUCUCUUCUAGCCCGCGCAAUUUCGCCAGGUACUCGUUCUGAUAGCGCCACUUCUCAAGGUUGGCGUCCCAAGUGCGGUUGAUGUCAAGCUUGGGCAGGGUCGGGUUGAUGAGGUCGCUGAAGUUGGGGAUGGCAGGCUCGCCGGACUCCUUGAGUGUGGUGAAUACGUCCUGUUUGUACGGCGGGCGUCAGUAAAUUCGAGCGGUUGAGUGCAUCAAGGAGAAACCUACGGAGCCACCGUCGGCGGCGUAAAUUCUGUUGGCGAGAUCGACUGCAUAUGGGUGCUUGUAAGGCUCCCACGAUACAACGGUAUGACCGGCUUCCUUGGCCUUGGUGACCACCGUGUCUACGGCUCGCAGGAUAGGAGGGUGAGGCAGAACCUGGUUGAACAGCACCGUUAGCAAGGCACCAUUUUGGGUGGCAAUGGGAGCAAAGUACAUUUCCGUCGCAGGAGUAGAAGCCUAGGGUCAGGCCGCCAGAGGCUACUUUGCGCCGGAUGCUCUCCUCCUCGGCCGGCCGCCAGGGCAUGGGAAUGACCUUGGCGUCGUACUGCCAUGGCAGUUGCGCCAGGACCGAGGUCGUGAAUAGUCGAAGAUCGUCGAUAGUGUGACACAUUGGCCCGCACACGCUGUGGAUCGUCUCUUGUCCCUCCAUGCUGUUCGCCAUCUCGGCAUACGGCAGGCGGCCAUGGCUUGGACGCAGGCCGAAAAGGUUGUUGAAAGCCGAAGGGACACGAAUGGAGCCGCCUGCAUAGAGUAUCAGCCCUAUACCUUCACUCGGCGCCAGUUAGAAGGGAGAGGCAGUGUACCAAUAUCGGUGCCUACACCAAUGACACCCCCCCGGAACCCCACGAUGGCCCCCUCGCCGCCUGAGCUGCCUCCACACGACCAGUUCUUGUUGCGCGGGUUGACCGUCCUGCCAAUGAUGUUGUUGAGAGUCUCGCAGACCAUUAGGCUCUGCGGGACGCUCGUCUUGACGUAGAAUACGGCGCCGGCCUUGCGCAGAAGCGCGACGAGCACCGAGUCCUCCGUGUCGAACUUGCCGAUCCAGGCGACGUAGCCCAUGGUGCAUUCGAGGCCCUGAUGAAUGAGUCAAAUGGCGUUUUACAAGUAAGCCUGUCUUGGCCGGGACUUACCUUGAUGCGAAGCUGAUCUUUGAGUGAGAUGGGUAGGCCGUGGAGCGGCCCAAUCGGCUUCUUGUGCUGGGCGUAGUAGUCAUCGAGGCUCUUUGCCUGGGCGAGGGCCAUGUCGGGGAAGAAUUCGAGGUUGCAAUUGAGCUGAGCAUGUAUUAGUAUCUUCCCAGGCUAGGAAGGGAAGUGGCUCCUAGUCGCACCAGUUGUUGUGCCAGAGCGGCCCUCUUGCAGAAGGC